CUACAUAAAGCCGGGUUAAUCAAAUAUGGGUCUUGAUUAUUACCAGUUACUGAAUAUACCUCGAAGUGCUGACCAUGCAGAGAUAUGCAAGGCUUACCGAAGAUUGGCUUUACACUACCAUCCUUGCUGCGCUCAACCUGGAGAAGAUUUCAGUGAAUGCUUUUCGGCCAUCUCAGAGGCCUACGACGUUCUGUCAGACUUAAAAAAGAAGGCAAUUUAUGAUCGAUUUGGAGAAGAAGGUUUGAAAGGUGGUGCACCAAUCAAUUCAGAAUGGACGAAGCCCUAUGUAUAUCAUGGAGAUCCACACAAAACGUUCAUGUCUUUUUUUGGAACAGAUAAUCCUUUCAACCGAUUUCAGGAAGAAAUGGACUCACAAGUUGAACAUAACUUCGGAGGUCUUAACGGUCGUGGUCGUCCUCAUCAAGACCCACCAAUUGAACGUGAAAUGUCUCUGACCCUCGAAGAAAUUUACAAUGGAUGUACUAAAAAGAUGAAGAUUUCCCGCCGAAUAAUGAAUGAAGACGGACACACAAGUAGCAUCAAGGAUAAAAUACUUUCAUUGACUGUUUUUCCUGGAUGGUAUGAAGGCACUCGUAUUACAUUCCCCAAGGAAGGUGAUCAAGGUCCAAAUACAAUUCCAGCUGACAUUGUAUUUAUUUUACGUGAUCAUCCACAUAAACAUUUCAAGCGUGAAGGAACUGACUUAAUAUUUACUUCACCAGUGCCAUUGGGCCAAGCUUUGUUAGGUUGUAUUGUAGAUGUCCCUACAUUAGACGGAAGAUUGUUACAUGUUCCAAUCACGGAAAUCAUUCAUCCCAACUAUGAAAAAGUAGUGCCAGGUGAAGGUAUGCCAUUACCUGAUAAUCCAGAGAAGAAAGGAGAUUUACGAAUUCGAUUCAAUAUUCAAUUUCCUAAAAAAUUAAGUGGCGAUCAAAAGUUAAGUAUUGAAAGAGCAUUUUUUGGAUAAUUUUACCGUUCUUGGACAAUACUAUUUUUAUCAUUUUGAAGUCAUAGUAGACACUCAUGGAUAUAUAUAUAUGGAAUUAAGAGAAAGUUUCUAAAACGAAGUAGAAUAACAACAAGAAUUCUUAUUUGUUUCUUCACAACUCUGCCUUCUAAAUGAUAAUAAUUUUAUAAACAGUAUAUCUAUGUGAUAAAGAGUUGUAAACAUUCUUAGUUUUCAUAAUGAUAAUGAUAAGUAUGAGUAUCGGUUUGAUGAGCAAAAUAAAAUAUUAUUCUAC